UGAAGCGAUGUAUCGACGGUAAACAAUAUGUCAAACUUUAAUGGGAUUUGUUUUUGAAGUUUUGUACACAUACAGAGCCUUUAUUCUUCAAUUUUUAUGAAAAAAUUCGUAAUAUUAUUGAUAAGUUUUUUCUGAAAAUUUUUGCUUUUUCAAAAUGACAUAGUUGAUUAUUCAGUGAAGUGUUUGUGCCAUCGUUCCUUAAAUGUGGAAUAUUAAUUAGUUUAGACAGUUUUUAUUUUAGCAAGAUGUAUCUCAAAACUUUUUCAGCUUCAUUGUUUAUUGCUGCGAGCUGUUUAUUCAUCAGUGUUUCUUCACAGAGAAAUUCUUCUAUUUAUACUGUUGUUGCACCUUCAAAAUUGCGACCAGAUAUUGUUUAUCAUGUAAGCAUCACUGUUCAUGAUGCACCAGCACCUGUUGAUUUUAAUGUGCAAAUAUUUGGAACAAAUGAAGACCGAAUCCCUGUUAGUGUUGUAAAAGAUGUUCAUGUUGAUCCAAAACAAACUCAAAUUGUAGAUUUUGAGCUGUUUGAUUGGAAACCUGGAGAUUAUACUCUAGAAGUUAUUGGUCAAGGAGGUUUGACAGUUCGAAAUUCUACAAAGCUCACAUUUGAGCAUAGAAGUUAUUCGGUUUUUAUACAGACAGAUAGGCCUGUUUAUAAACCUGGACAAUUAGUUCAAUUCAGAGUAAUUGUUACUAAUCCAUAUCUUCUGCCAAGGUCUAGUCAAUUACCAAUUGAUUUAUUGGUUAAAGAUGGGCAUGGAAACAGCAUUCGAGAAUGGAAAAAUGUUUAUACCAGUAAUGGAGUAGCAUCAGCCGAUUUUCUUCUUGCUGAUCGUCCUGUUUUAGGUGAAUGGGCAGUGCAUGUUAGCGUUGAGGGCCAAAAAUUUCAUAAAAAUUUUACAGUAGCAGAAUUUAUUAUGCCAACCUAUGAAGUUCAUAUUGACCUGCCAAUAUAUACUACCUACAAUAAUUCAAAUGUUGAAGCUACUAUAACAGCAAUGUAUUCUUAUGGUAAAGCAGUUAAAGGCGAAGUUACACUGACUGUUGCACCAAGAACACGUUAUAAUAAAUUAAAUGUCCGUCCUUAUGAGUCAUUUCAAACUAAGGCUAAGAUUGAUGGUUCUGUAACUAUAUAUUUAAAUUUGCUGAAGGAUUUAUCUUUAAGAACUGAUUUUUUCAAAAGAGAAAUAGAAUUUUUUGCUCUUGUUGAAGAAGAAGAAACUGGUCAUAAGUAUAAUACUACAAAUACAAUGUGGAUAUAUGAUAAAGACAUAAAAAUUGACCUGAUUAGAACUUCAGAGACUUUCAAGCCUGGUUUAAAAUUUACUGCUUUUCUUAAAGUUUCUCACCAGGAUGAUACUCCUGUUUCAAAUAGUAGAGGUCAGCUUGAAUUAAUGUAUGGCUACUCCAUCCGUGAAGAAGAAUGGAAAACAGAAUUUUAUACUGUUCCUAGAAAUGGAAUUGUGAAAUUGGAAUUCUUUCCCCCAAAUGAUGAAAACACCUUAUUCUUGAACAUGAGGGCUAUCUAUGCUGGCCUGACAUUUUAUUUGGAUAGAAUUGAUGCAGCUGUAUCACCAACCAAUAACUUCAUUCAAGCUGUUCUUAUAACUCCAAAUCCCAAAGUUGGAGAAACUGUUGAAAUGGAAGUCAAUGCCACUGAACCUUUAAAUCAUUUGGUAUAUAAGGUUAUAGGUAGAGGAAAUAUUCUGUUAGCCAAAACUAUUCCUGUCCCUAAUCAGAAAACAUAUCGCUUCAACUUUAAAACUCCUAGUUCUAUGGCACCCAAAGGUCGAGUUCUUGUAUACUAUGUGAGAAGCAAAAACAAUGAAAUUGUUGCCGAUUCUGUGACUUUUGAUGUUGAUGGUUUAUUUAAGACAUCCAUUACUGUAAGCCCUAAUGUAAGAGAAGCCCAACCUGGUCGUCAAGUUGACAUCAGAUUACAAACGACACCUAAUGCAUUGAUAGGAAUUUUAGGUGUUGAUCUUGGCAUUUUAAAAUUGAAAUCAGGAAAUGAUAUUACUCUUGGAGAGGUUAUUGAAGAUCUAGAAACAUAUGAUGGAGGACAAAUGACAAAGUAUAAUCCCCCAUGGUAUCGAAGAAGAAGAAAAAGAUCUCUAUCCUGGCCAGGAUCCAGAUCUGCUGGUUUAAUUUUUGCUGAUUCUGGAUCUGUGAUUAUGACAAAUGCUCUUCUGUUAAAUACUGGUGAUGAAGAUUUAUUCACCGAAAAUGUCAUCCGCAUUGACGAAAAUAGUAACAAUGCCCCCAUUCAACCUCCAUCGGAGUUGCCUGAAGCUGUUGUUCCUGAAGGCCGUUUAGUUAUGAGAAAAAAGUAUCCUGAAACAUGGCUAUGGAUAAAUACUACUGCUGGAAGUGACGGAUCAGCUUUUGUUUCACAUGUUGUACCUGAUUCUAUUGCUUCCUACAAGAUAACUGCAUUUGCAGUUCAUUCCACAGAUGGGUUAGGUAUUGCUACUUCUCCUUCUGAUAUAGCUGUAUCUCGGCCAUUUUUUAUAACCAUGGCUCUACCUUAUACUGUAUUGAUGGGAGAAGAUUUAGCUAUUCAAGUGGUUGUUUUCAAUUAUAAUAAUAAAGAUAUACAAGCUGAAGUUGCUAUGGAAAACAGAAAAGGGGAGUUUGAAUUUACUGUUGCUGGCAAAGAUUCUGGUAAUCUAGAGCAUCAAAAUCGUAGAACUAAAAUAGUACGAAUUCCUGCAUCAGAUGGAAUUCCAGUUUCUUUUCUGAUUGUUCCUAAAAAGGUUGGAUUUAUAGAGAUAAAGGUUACUGCUGCCACAUCUUUAGCUAGUGAUUCUGUAACAAAGAGAUUAUAUGUUCAGCCUGAAGGAUCUACUCAGCAUUAUAAUAAAGCAUUGUUCAUUGAUCUGCGUAGUUCAAGUGAAGUUGUGAAACACAAUGUUUCAACUAUCAUUCCACGAAAUGCUAUCCGUGACUCAGGGAAAAUAUUACUUUCAGCUUCUGUUGACUUCAUGGGGCCAAGUAUUAAUUCAAUUGAUAAGUUAUUGUACAUGCCAACUGGCUGUGGAGAACAAAAUUUGAUAACUGUUGUCCCCAGAAUAAUAGUCAUGGAAUACUUAUCAAAAACUAAUAGAUUAUCCCCAGCUAUAAGAAAUCAGUUGAUCGCAGGUUUAAGAAAUGGUUAUCAAAGGCAGUUAACAUAUAAACGAGAAGAUGGUUCAUUUAGCACUUUUGGAGAAAGAGACCGAAGUGGCAGUACUUGGUUAACUGCAUAUGCAACAAGAGCUCUCUCACUUGCAAAAAAAUAUAUUUUUAUUGAUCCUGAAGUUCUGAACAAAGGUUUGGAGUGGAUUAUUCAAAAACAAAGCUCUGAUGGAUCAUUUGAAGAACCUGGAGAAGUUCACCAUAAAGCAUUGCAGGGUGGAACAGAGAAUGGAGCUGCUUUGACCGCUUUUGUUUUAAUGGCUCUUUUUGAAUCUAAAGCUCAAGAUAAAUAUGGGCAGCAAAUGAUUAUUGCUCAAAGAUACAUAGAGAGGGAACUUGUAUCUAGUUCCAGCCCAUAUGUGGUUUCUAUUGUUGCCUAUACACUUCAUUUAUUAGACAGCCCUUCAAAAGACAGAGCUUUCCAAAUGUUACUUAAUAUGGCAGAAAGACAAGAUGAUUUAAUGUUUUGGGAUAAUAAAGAAAUUCAAGCAAAUUUGACUGAUAAACAAUCAGACUACUGGUUUUUGGCUCCAUCUAUUGAUGUUGAAACUGCAGCUUAUGCAAUUCGAACUUUUGCUCUUCGCUCUGAUCCGGCUGGUGGAUUACCUGUUCUGAAAUGGUUGAUUUCCAAGCAGAAUAAAAAUGGAGGUUUUUCAUCCACACAAGAUACAGUUGUAGCAUUACAUGCUAUAAGUGAACAUUCACUUUUUAUUACCCCAACAUUUUCAAGUUUAGACAUUAAAUUCUCUUAUCCAAAUGGUCAGAAAACAAUGCAAGUGACAUAUGGAAAAUCUCUGAACAUGGAGGAAAUUGAAAUCUCGCCAGAUGUUCCAUAUGUGGAAGUUGAAGUAACAGGAACUGGUAUUGGAAUAGUGCAGAUUUCCCGGUCCUUUAAUCUUGCUGUGUCUGGUGAAGCCCCGCAAUUUUUCCUGAAUGCUCUACUGGAUAAAACAUCUACUGCUAGCUAUUUACAACUUAGUAUUUGCACUCAUUCUUCUAAUAUUCAACGAGAACCAAGGAAUGAUACUAGUAACAUGGCAGUCAUGGAAGUUGGACUUCCUUCUGGUUAUGUUGCAGAUGUUGAUGCAUUACCUAGUAUUCUUCAAAUUAAUAAAGUGAAACGAGUUGAAACACAACUGCAAGAUACUAAUGUGGUUAUAUACUUUGACAGGUUGGAUCAAGAAGAAUCCUGUGUUACAGUACCCGCUCACCGUAUUCAUAAAGUAGCACGGCAGCGAAGAGUCCCAGUAAAAGUUUAUGACUUUUAUAGCCAAGCUAAAAGUGCAAGAAUGUUUUAUCGUCCACAUAAAACUGUUCUAUGUGACAUCUGUGAUGAUGAUGACUGUGGAGAAGGUUGUUACAGAGAAGAAACAUCAAGUGAAGAAUCACCAUUGGGCAGUGUUGGAAUUGCAAAUAUUCCUAAUUAUCUAUUGUCUUUCAUUUUAUUUUUAACUUUACCAUGGUUUUCUGUGUUAAAAGUUCUUUGGCAGCAAUAAUGUUAUGGUUUCCAGUCUUUAUUUAUUAUUCAUAAAAUGGAGUGGAUUUAGCAAAAAGUUUGGAGUCAGAAUUGUCACUUCAUGAUAAAUGGUCUUUCAAAAAUGAAGAGCCAAAGGAGAUGAUAUUCUCUAUGAGCUUCUUAAUAAAUAAUCAUUUUCAUUAAUCACAAUCUUUGCGACAAGAUGCUGUUUGUUUUUAUCAUAAAUAAAGUAAAAUUGAACUCGUUAUGUCAACCUGCUUAUUCAUAGGAGAAUGAAAAAGAUACAUGUAUGCAGUUAUGGCUCUUGCUAAACAUACAGUUAAAAUACGUAGGAAUAGAUUCAUCUCUGUUAACAUUGCAAAGCUUUUGUUGUUCACUUCUAGCUAUCUUCUAUCUUUUGCUUCAAGUAAUAAUUUUUAAACAUGUAAUACCAUUUCAAUGAUUUUGAUUUAUUAUAAGCAUGCUUGUAAAACUAUCCAUUAAAAUAGCUAUGAAGUCAAGGUGAGGGAUUUUUUUUUCAAUUAAUCAAAUAUUAUUGCAUUUUAAUACUUGUUCAUUGCAUUGUAAAUAGCCACUAAUUUUUUAGUUCAUUGUAAACAUAGCUUUUAUGUAUUAAUAUGUAU